AUGUAGAAUAUUGACUAUCAGACAUAAGGAAUACAAGACUUAGAAAAAAUAUAAGGUGAAUUCUUAGAUAGAAUACUAGAAGCACUCUAAUUAGAAAAACAAGACAUUUCAAUGUAGCUCUUGGAAAUUUUAAAUUAAGCCUGUAUUUCGUUAGAAUCAAUUUAAGAUAAGUUUAAUGAAAUUCUAGAAGAAAAGUAAUUAAAUCUGAUUGUAUCAAUAGCUAAUGAAUAUCAUUUGAGAUAUUUAGCUCAAAGAUAAAAAAUUGAACGAAAUUUGAAUGAAUCUAUUAAUUACUCAACUACUUCAAAUACUUGUGUAAAAAAUAAGUAAAUAAUCUAUGAAAAACACUAAAAAAUUCAUAAUGAAGACUUUGAUAAAGUAUCUUAAAUAAUUAAGCCAAAUUUGGAAACAGCCAAUUAUUUUCAUCUGGAUUAGUCUCUAAAUUACUUAGCUACAAAAGUAGAUAAUUCAAAUUAAAGUGAAUCAGAAUUAUAGGAUAUUUUUGAAAAUGUUCACCUUAAAACAAAUCAGACUAACUAAAUGUUAAAGACCUAAGAAGAGCUUAUGGUAGAUUAGAAGGAAAACAAAGAGUAAAUAGUACUUUAAAAAUAAAAAAAUACUUAAAUGCAGGAGGGAAAAAGUACAAAAAUAGUUACAGAUGUUGAAAUUAAUAAUAAAGAAACUUCUGUUUAAAAUAAUUAGAUAUGUGCAAUUUAAACAAAAAUUUAAGAACUCUAAAAUUAAAUAAACCUACUUAUCAAUUAAUUCUAAGAGUAUGUUGUGAAAUAGCUUAAUGAUUAAUGUAAAUAGAUCAAUAUGGAUGAUGUAAACUUAUUAGUUGGAAAAUUAUCUUUAGAUAAUAAUUUGUAAAAUGAAUCAGAGCACAUAGAAAAGAUUAUUUAAAGUUUUGAUCUAGCAAGAAAACAAGAAAAAAGCAUUAAAGCUGAAAUGAAAAAGUUUAGUGAUGAAAUAAUGAAAAUAAAAGAGGCUAUUAAUGAGUAGGUGGUCAAGAUUUAGGAACUUAAAGUACUUUCAGAGAAAUAAUUAAUUAGCAAGAAGGAGAUGCUCAUCAAUGAAUUAAUUGAAUAAAUUAGCUAAAUAACUUAAAAAGACUGGACAUAAACAAAUAAAGAUAUACUUACAGAGCUAAUUAAUUACAUUUAAAUUAGUAUUGGAAAAAAUUAAUAAAUAUCUGAAGAAAAGAUCCUCAAUAUUAUUGAAAAUGCAGAACUUAGCAGGUCAAAAGAAAAUCAGGUUUAGCUUCAUAUAAAUAAUUUUAUCAGUGAAUACAAGUAAAUAUUUUCAAGUUAAGGAGAUGAUGCUUAGUUAUAAACUGAAACAGAUCUUUAUGAAAACUUUAUCAAAAAUUUGAUUCUUUAAAUUAAUGAAAUAUGCUAAUUAGAUUGGAAUUAAGUCCAUAAAGAAAUUCUAGAAAAGCUAAAUUCUUAUUGCAAAGAUAUAAUAAAAUAAAAUAAAAAAAUAGAUGAAGAAACAGUUCUUAGCAUAAUUAAGUAAGCAGAAGUAAGCAAAAAUAAUGAAAAAAAAAUAAUUAAUGCAAUAAAUCUUCUUUCUUUAGAAUAUUAAAAGUUAAUAAAAACUGAUGAAAGCAAUAUUCAAUAAUAAAUAGCCUAAAAGAAAUAUCUUAUAGAUGAUUUUAUUAAAAAUGUUAAUGAAAUAUCGUAACUAGAUUGGGUUAAGAAUCAUCAUACUACUCUUAAUAAGCUACUUUGUUAUUUAAAAGAAACGGCUAAACUAGAUACAUAAUUAAACGAAUAAAAGAUAUUAUCAUUUAUAGAAAAUUUAGAACUUAGUGGAAUAAAAGAAAGGAAAAUUAUAAGCUAAGCUAAGAGCUUUUUAACUCAAUAUAAGGUUUUACUUGAAGAUAUUAAAAUAUUAAAUAAAGAGUAGAAUUAAUAAAAAGAAGUAAUUUAAAUAAAUGAGAGAAUUUAUAAAAAAGAUUAAAGUUUAAGUAAAAUCUACACUUUAGUAUAUCAGCAAAAAGACUAUUGCCUUGAUACAAUGAGCCUAAAAGUUAUAUGUGACUUUUAAAAUGUUUAGGAAUUAAUUAAUUAACUAAAAUAAAAUGAAGUAAAAACUAUUGGGUUAUAUGGAGAUUUUAAGCUUGCAAUUAAAAUAAUUUAAUCAUAUUACCCUAGUUCUCCAUAGUUGAUUGACUUAGACCAAUAUAUAUCUCAAGAUUAUGAUAAACUAGUGGCUGUUACAGAUGGGUAGUUAGUAUUUUUAAUUUUAUAAGAAUAAAAAAAUGCUUUUGAAGGAGAUGUAUUUGAUAAUGAAGAAAGCUAAUUAUACAUACGUUUCCUCUUAGAUAGUUGCUCUAUACUGAUUACAUGCUUGAAUCAAAAGUAAGUUUCUUUGUGGAGUGAUAAUAAUCCAUUUGGGCAAUUCUAGUGUUUUGUUCCUCCGAAGCAAUACAAGGAUAGAUCUUCUAUUUUUUUGAAGUAAAUUAAAAUAAAUUCUAAUUUUAAAGAGUAAGGUUAGGUUUUAUUAUCUAAUGAUUAAAAUAAUUCUAUGGUCAUUCAUGAAUUAUAAUUUGAUAAUAUUUUAGAUUUUAACAAUGUAGAAACACACAAAAAAUAAAUCUAAAAAAAUAAGGAAUUUAUAAAUGAACUAUUCAAUAUAAAUAAUCUUUACAAAUUUGUUGAUAUUGAUAAAAUUAAAGAGAAAAAAAAUAUUAUUUAAAAUAUUUUUAUUAAACAUACACAAUCAUUUAAAUAAAUUGAAUAAAUAUAUGAAACAUUUAUUAAUCAGAUUUAAAAUUAGUAGAAUCUUCUUUAAGAAAAAAAAAUAUUGAAUGACAUAUUAUUAUUUGAAAACAAUUAAAGUGAAGGUCUUUUAUAAAAUUAAUAAGCUGGUGCUUAUUCUUAAAGAUAGAAUUUAGGUUAGCGUUUUUGUACCUAAUUUUAAAAUUGGGAUUUCUAAUAUAAUUCAUAUAAUUUUAAUUAAAAUUUUUAAUAUUUUAAAAAUCUACAAUGUAAUUGCUAAGGUAAAGUUUACUGUAAAGAUUGCUUAAAUUGUAAAAUAGUGAUUGAUAAAAUCCACAAAAAAGUUCAAAAAGCGAUAAAUUAGUUUUAUUAAUACUCAUAUUAAUAAUUAAGUAGUAAAAAAUUAAAAGAGAUAAUUAAUAAAAUCAAUUAAGAGUCAUAAUAAAAGAAUAAACAAAUUAAAUUUUCCAACUUCUCAACAUAUAUAAGAUAGUUUUAUAAAUAUUUUAAAUAUACUUAAGAUGAAAUUCUAAAUUACUUACUUGCUAAAUUCGAACAUUUUUCAUUUAAAAAAUAAAUUGUUGAAUUCUUAUUAGAUGAUAUUUUUAAUAUUACCUUAUAAUUAAUAUCUAAUAUAAUUGAUAUGAGAGAAUUAAUAAAUUAAUUUAUGAUUUAUACAAAAGAAGACUUUUUAAAUUAAAUUGACUAAAUAUUUGAUUAAUUUACACAAUUUAAAGAAAAAAGAAUAUUCAUUUAUCCUUUACAAUUUACUUAUGACCCUUCAAAAAAAGAAGUUUAUUUAAGCAUCAAUUACAAAAUUUAAAAAAUAGUUUUGAAUGAUUAAGCACACUAAUUAAUUGAUUACAUAUCAUUUGAUGAAUAAGUAGAUUAUCUUAUAUUUAAUAAUAAAUAAGAACCUGAUAAGUCAAAGCAUAGAACCUAUAUUUGCAUUUAAACAAAGAAAAAAAAUUAUAAUGGCAUUUAAUAUGCAUUUUAGGUUUCAGGUAGUACAGACAUUUCUAUAUUUAUAAAUUAAUAUUCUAGAUAGUGGAUUAUUUUUGCAAACGAUACUAAAAAGAACUCUUUAGGAAAAAUUAAGUCAGAUUAUACUUUUGAAGAAGGAAGAUUGGAUAAAAAUAUAUAUUAUUAACAAACAUAAUAUGGAAAUACUAUAGAAAGAGUUGAUUCUUGCAUUAUUCUUAAUGAAAAAAAUAACGUAAUAAUUCUAUAUGAAAAAAAGAAGAAAUAAUUCUAUGAAUUUUUUAUAAGUGGCGAACUAAAAGAAAUUAGAUUUGAGUUAUCUAGAGAAAUAUCAAAUGAUGGAGUUAUAGCGAUUUAAAAUAUACAACAUGAAGAGUCUGGUGAUAUUCAAUCAAUUAAAAAUACAUUUGAAGGAGACUUUUACUUUUUUUAAACAGAAAAGUGUAUAUAUUUAACAAAUCAUAACUAUAUUGUUAAGCAUUAAAUUCCUCUGAAAGAAAAUCUUUUAAAUUUUAAACUUAUCAUAAUUGAAAACGCGAGUUUAUUGGUCACUCUUUAUGAAAAUAAUGAAUAUGAGUGUUAUUUAAUUUAAGGUAUUGAAGAUUUAGACGAUUCUGAUAAUAACAGCAAUUUAAGUGUUGUUAAAGCUAAAAUUGGCAAUAUAGUAAUUGAUAAAAUUAUAUAAUCAAUGGUUUAUUAUGGAAACAAUUAUAAAUUAAUUGGAUGCCCAAAUCAAGUUGAUUAGUUAUUUUUUUAUGAAAAUAGUUUAGAUAAUCACAUUCAGAAUUUCGGAAAAUAAAUAGAGGAGUAUUUCAAUAAGUGUAUGUUGCAAAAAUAUAUAUAAUUUAAGAUAACUAAUAGUGAAAAAAAUUGCUUUAAUAAUAUAGAUCUUUUGAUAAACAAGCUAGACUCUAUGAUAUAGAAUACUGAUUCUAUUAAAUGCUAAGAUUUAUAAUUUAUUAUGUAAACAAGAAUUCCUAUAUAGAUUACUACUAUUUAGUAAGCUAAUUACUUGCCUUUAAAGGAUGGUUUAUUUAAAUAAGAUUUAAUGAAUAUCCCAGAAGUAGAAGAUUAAAUUGAAUAAAUCAAAAAGUAAAUAUCGUUUGGAUGGAUUGAAAGCUUAAUUUAAUCUUAGAACUAAGAUGUAUAUACAGUUUCUAUGUGUGGACGUCAAUCAGUUGGUAAAAGCUCUUAAUUAAAUAGAAUGUUUGGUACUAGAUUUGGUGUUUCAGCUUCAAGAUGCACAGAUGGUAUAUGGAUGGGGCUUUCAAAAGUAGAUGAUAAACUUAUUUUAGUUCUGGAUUGCGAAGGAUUAUUUUCAAUUAGAAGGACUGAUGAUGAAGAGGUUAAAUUGUUAUAGUAAAUAACAAGUAUCAGUGACAUUACUAUUGUUUUCUGUGACAUUGAUGGUAUUAAUUAGCCACUAUUAUCUCUAUUUAAAAAAUUAUAGAUAUGUUCUGGCAAGAUGCAAAGUGAUUCUUUCUUUUUAGGUACAAUGGUACUUUUAACUAAAAAUGUCUAAGAUUAAGGAGAUUAAAAAAAAUUAUUUUAAGAAGGUGAGUCUCAUUUAAAUAAAAAAGAAACAAAAAAUACGAUCUCAAAGAUUUUCCGUAGAGGAUUUUCAUUCGGUUUUUUGAAGAACUAUUUAGAUAAAGACUAUGAUUCAAAUCUAUAAAAUGUUAGAGAUGAGCUUUUGUAUAAGUAAAUUUUGUAAAAAAAUUAAGCUAGAAAUCCUAAAUUUCUAAUGAAUACACUCAAAUACUCAAUGAUAUAAAUUUAUUUAAAUGAUGAUUAAGAUAUUGACUUGAUAAACAAGUAAUCAGAAAUUAAGGAAUGUUAUGACAAAUUCGUAGCUUUAAUUUAUGAUAUAUCAUAAUAAAAUUUCAUCAGCAAUGAAAGAUUAAUGCAAUAAUUUGAAUAUAAACCAAUUUCAGAUGAUGAAAAAGUAUUGAUGAAAGAGGAGGUAUUUGAAUAUUAGUAAUAAGAUUGUGAUGAUGAUGAUGAUGAUGAUGAUGAUGAUAAUAUAAAUGAUGUUGAUGAAUAAGACUAUUAAUCAGAAUUAAUUAAACUUUAAUUUGAAGAAAAUAUUUAAGGAUAUGAAUAUCAUCUCAAAUAAUAAAUAGAUACAGCCUAUCCAAAAUUUAAAAGACCAUCAACUCUAGAAAAUAUUAAAUAAUUAGAAGAAGAAAUAUAUGAUGAUUAAGAUAAACGAUGUUUAUUAGAACAGUAAUAGGAAAUAGAUUUUCAGUAAGAACACUAAGCAUAAUAUAACUAUAAAAGUUAUAAUAUUUUGUAAAUUAAAUAAUAAGAAGUGAAAUUUUAUCCCCAAUAAGCUCAGAGCACUUUUUCAGAAAAUAAAUCUUAGAAUAACAUGCUUUUAGAAAAUAUUUUUCAAAAUUGCUUUAGAAUUUUAUAAAGAAUAAAUUUUAAUAAUUAUAUUGAUUAAAUGUAAAGCUUUUUUGAUUCCUUUAUAGGAUAAAGGACAAAUACGAUUUAAGAAUAUUUUAAUAAUAGAAUGCCUAAAGAUUCUAAGUAUAGCAAUAUUGUUUUAAAAUUCUAAUAAAAAAUCAAUAAUGUUAUACAUUUAUUUAAAAAGUAAUUUGUUAUUUGUAAAAAUAAAUGUAAUAAAUGCAAUAGAUUUUGUAUUAACAUUUCAGGUCACAAAGGAGAUUGUAAUUGUGAAACAUAUCAUAAAUGUUAUACUAAAUGCUAAAAAUGUAAUAAUAAUAAUGAAUGCUUUUUGAUUUCUGGUCACUAAGGAAUACAUUAUUGUAAGGAAGUAAAUCACCUUUGUCAAGAACCCUGCCAAAUAUCAAACUCAUGUAAAGAACUUUGCACAUUAGUACCUCAUUCAGAUAAUAUAAAGCAUAGCUGUUAGAGUGAGCAUAAAUGUGAACAUUAGUGUAGAUUAUACGAUAAGUGUGGAAAAUCGUGCUCACUUUAAAGUGGACAUGAAGAAAUAAAUCAUUUGUGUGAUUCAACUCAAUGCUAUGAUAAAUGCAAAUUUUGCGACAAACUAUGCGGCUUUAAUUUACAUGAUCAUGAUGUGUUAUUGUCUAAUUAAGAAAAAAAUAAGGAACUUCUUAUGAAAGAAGGAAAAUUAGUUACUUAACAUUUAUGUGGAGAUUAACAUAAUUGCUUAGAAAAAUGUGAAAAAGCAGGAGUAUGCAGUAUAACUUAUAAAACAGAAGAAAAAACAUGGGAAACAGCAACAUCUAAAUUUGAAUAUCAAUUUAUAAAACCUAAUAAAUCAUAAAAAUAAUGCAAUGUUAAAAUAUAACCUUGGUAAAUAACUCAUGAUGGUGAGCAUUAGUGUGAAAGCGCUCAUAGAUGUGAUUAAUAGUGCCCAGAAUGUUUAAGUUAUUGCUUUGAAAAUUAUAAUCACAUAGGAAAUCAUAAAAGCAAAAAUCACAGAAAUAAAGAAAAGUGUAUCUUCGUAUCAGAAACAGAUUAAAUAAAAAUUAACUAUGAAUUAGGUAACAUUAGAAAAUAUUUGCCUGGAGAGAACUCAACGCCUGAAAAUUGUCUCUAAUCUUGUCUUAGAAUGGGUAGAGCUCAUAUCCAUUUAAAAGUUUGCGAAGGAGGAGAUAAAUGUGCAGAAAAAAAGUAUCCUUAUGCUCGCCACUCUACUAAGUAGUAUAAACCUUACACUGAUCUAAUUUAUGAUGAAAUGUUAUGUAAAGGCUAUUGGAAUAAUAUAAACUGGGAACCUCCUGUUGAAGGUGAACACUUAUAAAUUAUAUAGUCAUGUAAUGUAGGAUGUUCUCAUGACUCACAUACAUCAUCUCCUAAUUAUUGCACAAGAUAGGCAUGGCAUGAAGGAUAGCACUAAAUUGAUCCUAAAAAAUGUGAACACUUAGGAUCAGGUAUUGUAGAUAUAUGCUUUACUAUUGAUACUACAGGUUCUAUGGGUUGGGCCAUGAAUAGUGUGAGAGAAACAGUAAUAAGUAUUUUAAGAAAAUUUGAAGGAAGGUCUGAUAUUAUGUACUCUAUUGUUUCAUAUAGAGAUCAUCCUCCUUAAGAGAGUUCAUAUGUUUUUAAAAUAGAUUCUUAAUUAACAAAUUAAAAUGAAAUUUUGGAAGUUUUAUCAAAUAUGAGGGCAAAAGGGGGUGGUGAUGCUCCUGAAGCUGUUAUGGAUGGUUUAUAUAACUCUAUAACGUCUAUUAAUUGGAGAGAUCAUUCUCAAAGAUUUAUUUUUCAUAUUUGUGGUAGUCCACCUCAUGGAAAAUAAUUUGGGAUAUCUAGCAGCGAUAGAUCUUGGACAGAUAACGGAUGUCCUUGUGGUAUUAAUGAAUAUUAAAUUGCAAAUUAGUUGAAAGCUAGAAAUGUUUUUUAUUACUUGGUUAAAGUACAUUCUUCUUUAAAUAUGAUGGAGAAUAUUUUUAAAAAUACUUUUGGCUAAUUUUACAAACAAACGAUAUAUUUAGACAACCUAAAUGAAUUAAAUAUUGAAAUUGUUGAAGUUUUAACAAAAGAAAUUAAUUUAAUGAAUGAAUUUUAUCAUAUAUAGGAUUGA